AUGAAGAUCCAAGCAUCCCUCCUCGCCGCGCUCACCGCGCAAAACCAAGUGGAAGCUUUCUGGAAUCCGUUCUCAAUGUUCACACCAUCCACACAGACACAAUCUAAGCCCAUGCCCGCUCAGAUCGUCUCUGUCGAAGAUCCUUUGUGUCAAGAUGAUUUCCUCCGUUGUAGCUCGUGGAAACACGCCUGUGGUGUCAAAUCGAUCGAUAAAAUUUGCGCCAAGACUUGUGGCAAAUGCGGCGGCGUGUCUUCAGUCUCUCAACAGUACCCAGCCCCAGCUGCUCCAGUCGUUCAAGUUGCACCAGAACCAGUCGCUCAAGAACCAGUUGAAGAAGCUCCAGCUGCACCAGUCUUUGUCGAUCCAGUUCAACAAGUCAUGAACUCAGCAGUCUUCAGAAAGCCCGCAUACAACUUCUUCCCGCGACCAGUUCAGCAGAUCCAGCCAGUUCAGCUCGCUCCAGUUCAGCCAGUUUUCCAGCCAAUCUACCAGGUCCCAGUCUACCAGGCUCCAGUUCAACAGACCUCUUGCGCUGAUAAAUUCUCCAGCUGCUCUGCUUGGAAAUCAGUCUGUAACAACGCUUCUAUCCAAAACCUUUGCCCUGGAACUUGCGGCCUUUGCGGCACCCAGGUUCAAAUUCAGCAACCCGUUCAAGUCCAACAAGUCGCUCCUCCCGCUCCUGUUCUUCCAGCAAAGCAAGCAUACCUCACUCCCUUCGAUCGUCCAGCUUUCCCUCGACCAGUCGAAGAAGCUCCAGUUUUCCAACAAAUUCCAGUUGUUCAGACCCCCGUUGAGAAACCAGCUUUUCCCGUCGCUGCUGUUGCUGAGUGCAAGGAUAAAUACAAUAAUUGUCAAAAGUUCCGAGACCAGUGCUCAAACAGAAUCAUCCUGAACGUCUGUCAAAAGUCCUGCGGAGCCUGUGCUUCAGUUGAGUACACUAUGCCUACUAUGCCACCAACCAUGGCACCAACAACAACCACCACUACUACCACGACCACUACUACUACCACCACUACUACUGAAGAGCCAGAAGCUAGUGGAAACGGUGCUCCCUGGGAGAACAUCGAAGAAGAAGCUAUUGAAGCUCCAAAAAUCAUCGAACCAACCUCCACUACCAGCACAACAACCACCACCGAGCCAAUGACAACGACGACACCAGAGGAAAUCACUGAAAUCGUCACCGAGUACCCAAGCGGCGAAGGCCCAGUCCCAAUUCCAGCAGAAGAGAAUUCAACUUGCAAAGAUUUUAUGAUCAACUGCGAGGAGUUCUCCCAGAAUCAGUACCGAUUCUGCUCGAUGACUCCCGAGGAUGCGCUCUUCAGCGUUUUCAAGCCAAUCAUGGAAUCUUGCCGAAAAACUUGCGGUUUCUGCGACCAAAACGCUGCCUGUGCCGGACUUGUCGACUUCUGCCACGAAGAAGAAGUGGCUGCUACUUGCCCUGGCACUUGCAGAGGUCUUGAACCAAUGGAAUUUUAA